CCUCUCCUGCUCAAGAUGGGGUUUUUUUUCCAACUAGUGUCUGAAAUAAGAGGGAACCAAAACCACAAAAAGGAAACAGCUCUUUUCUGCAUUCCUCUUCUGCCACCAAAAGUUGUUGGUGUGAGCAUAUCAAGGUUACUGCCUGACCCGUGCUAUCAUCAUGCCAUUUCGAAACACUUCUGGACUGAAACCCCUCUGUGGUCAGUUCAGAGUUGUCUGCCAGAUGAACUAAUCACGAACUCAGAAGAGAACUGUCAGGUGAUUCAUUUAAGGAUGAGGUUCAUCACUUUGUGCUGUUAUCUUGUCUUUUGGGUGAACACAGGUUAUGUCUCUGCAAACCCCAUAAUAGCCACAGUAGGAACAUAUGUUACUCUACGAUGCAAGUAUGAUGCUGGGUAUUAUGGCAGGCUGCCUUUCUGCUGGGGUAGAGGACAUAUACCUAACAGUGGCUGUGGCAAUGAGGUGAUCAAGUCAGAUGGGACAAAGUUGCUCAGCAGGCUGUCAGAGCGUUACUUUCUUACUGGUGACCUUGCCGUGGGUGAGGCUUUUCUGACCAUCAAGGAAGUUCAGGAGAGUGACUCGGGUAUAUACGGCUGCCGUAUAGACAUACCAGGCUGGUUCAAUGAUCAGAUAUAUGAGGUUACACUCACAGUAAAUCCAGGGCGGCCUUUUCCCAUAAAGGUGGAAACAAGAGAGGUGAGGGAACGAACUCUCACUGUACGCUGGACUCCUCCGUUUGAUGGUGGCAGACCCAUUACAGCCUACAAAGUGGCUUUAAAAUACAAAUAUGCAUCCUGGGAUACAGCUAAAAUAACUGAAGUGGCACAAACUCACCUGAUUCAAGUGACUCUGGUUGACUUACAUCCUGCCAAGACCUACAACCUCCGCAUGUUUGCUGUCAACAGUGUGGGAAUGAGUGAAGCCAGCAAUGUUCUAAUAUUUACAACAAAAGAAGCAGCACCUGAGGGACCCCCAGUCGAUGUGCAGCUUCAGGCCCUCAGUUCUUACAGUAUUAAAGUUAUUUGGAAGCCUCCAAAUGUUGAACUCAGAAAUGGCGUUCUGCACAGUUACAUCAUCAGCUACAGAGAGUAUGACCGUGUGGCCCUACAGUUUCAAAAGUUGCAGCAGCUUAGUGUGUCCGCCACGAGGGAAGAAGAAAGCACCAUCCUGACCAACCUGAACCCUUCAACCCAGUACAGUGUUCUGGUUCAGGCCAAAACGAAUGCAGGAGCAGGACCAGCUUCAACAACAUCUUUCUGCAGCACUCUAGAUGAAGUUAAAGAAACAACAGCGGCCACUACUCUCUUAUCUUUAACUACUGCUUCCACUAAGCUAACGCAAUAUACAACUCUUACUAAUGUUAAAGAAACAACACCAGCCACCACCCUCUUAUCCUCAACUGCUGCUUCCACUAAGGUGAUGCAAACUACAACUCUUACUAAUGCUCACACAACUUCAACUGGGACUAUUUCUACUUCCACAGUUUGGGAAAGCACGCACCUCACUACAGUGCCUCCAGAUCCACCUGUGGUUGGGUUGAAGGAGGUGAUAGACAACAUAAUUUCCCUUUUCUGGACUCCUGGCUUCGAAGGCAACAGCCCCAUUACCGGUUUCUAUCUGGAGUAUAAAGCAGCAAAUGCUUCAUGGGAUUACACAAAGGCUAUUGUAGAUUUCAGCUCCAACGAGACAGAUGCAACGAUAAUUGAGAUCAAUCCUUCAACAUACAACAUCCGCAUGUUCGCUAAAAACAGUAUGGGCACCAGUAAAGCCAGCAAUGUUCUCAUUGUGACCAUCGAAGACAGAGGUCAGCAACAGAGCAAUUUCAGUACCACUGUAUCAACUAUUACUCAGUCUUCUGCGAUUGUCGAGAACAGAGGUGGUGUUCACACAGCUGCCAUCAUUGUGCCGAUUGUGCUAAUGUUAUCGAUUGGUGCCUUCAUAAUGGUUUGGCAACUUCGACGUAUAAAACAGAGGAGUGGCAGCCUGAACAUGUGGCUGACCAAUGGAGCGAUUUAUUACAAAGAUUCUGAGCCUCUACAAGAGCUGUGAAACUUACUCUACAGUCAACCUUUGGAAACUCAGAACUCGUAAAUUUCCUAAUAGGGCACCUUCACAGGUAUUUAGGUUAAACUAACCAAUGGAAAAGAAAAACAUAAAAAGCUCAUUAGCUUAUUAGAUAGGCAGCAGUAACACUCUGCCAUAGUUUCAUUAAUUUCUUUUUUUUUACCAAUAUGCUUUUAUGUUGCUUGUUAAUUCAAAUUUAAACCAAUAUGUGCUAUAUCUGUUCAACAAUUUAGCUAGUUAAUAUCAUCUUUAAACUUUUAACAUCCUAAGCGCAAUGCACUAACAUUCACUGUUAGGUCAAAACUUUGUACAUUUUUGUUCUGACGAUCCGCCUUUUCUCAAAGCUGAUUGCACUAAUAAUAUAUCAGCACAAACGUUGUCAUCAAAUUCAAAAGGUAUAACCAAUUAGCAAUCUUUUUGCAGCUGCUGGUAUAGCCUCACAAUGAAUCACAUUUUGGAUAAUAUUUCUAAAUCAGUUUAUAGUAUGGAUGUUUAAACUGUUAAGGUCAAAUGUUCUGAUAGAAGUUAGAAAUGUAGCAGAUUAUGUAAAUAUUUUAGAUUGUCUGUUCAAAUAUGCACUGUACUCAUUUGUGAUACACUGGCAAAAUGAAAAUGAAGCAUUGUGUGUUCUUAAAUCCUGGCUUUAUGUCAUAAAUUAAAUUAAAUAAUCUCUUUUUUUCUA